CGUUCCAAGCGAUACAAACACAAAAUCAAACAAACAACAAAAAAAAGAAGAGGGAUUAGCGUCGGAAAAAAGUCGAAAGUGAUUGCAUCGAGUCGGUUUUAAAAUUCAAAAUUUGUGAAAUGUAAUUACAAUAAUUGUUAAAAAUUUAACGUUCGAAUGAUGGAACAUAAAGAAAGCUAUCGCCAGCAGCAAGAAAAUGAAUUAGAAGUCAUUCAAUCAAUUUAUGGCAAUGAUGUAUGCGAUUUACGUGACCGAAGAAAUACCGUAUGGAGACCAUUGGAUAUAGUAAUUACGUUGUUGCCGCAAAAAGGAUCGUCAGGCACUCAUGAAGCAUACGCCAAAACCAAUUUGCAUAUAAUUUGCCCAUCAAAAUAUCCAAAAGUUUCGCCGAAAAUUUCGUUGGAAGAAACGAAGGGGCUGUCAGAUAUACAAAAAAACGAAUUGCUUAAAGAAUUGAGUGAAUUAUGUGAGCAGAAGAAGGGCGAGGUGGUCAUAUACGACUUAGCCCAAAUUGUACAAGCAUAUCUUCAUAAACACAAUAAGGCGCCAUGUGGCAGUUUUUAUGAUCAAAUGCUUAUUGAACGGAAUAAAAGAGAUGAAGCAUUAUUACAACAACAAACACAGCGGUUAAAUCACGAACAACAAAAGAUACGCAAUGAAGUACUCAAGAGAAAAGAGCUGUUGCGCCAAGAAAAUCGAUGGCAUCGAGAUAGCAGGCGAAGUAUGAGCGAACAAAGUCCAAAACAUAGGCCAAACAGUUCAGGUGAAAUUGUUGAUCAUGGAAUGGAUGGAACAUAUCCAAAUGGUUGUGAACUUCAUUUAAGCAGUGAAGACUUAUACCUAACAACUGUUGGGCGAAAAAUACGAAGGGGAUGUUGUCUGAGUCAUUCAAAAAACGGUUCUAUAUCAUAUUCUGGCAUUGAUUCUGAAACGGGUCAAUUGCUUUAUCUAACCGAAUGGAAUAUCAAAUAUACGCAAUUGGAGUCAAAAUGUCCGAUAAAUUGUAAAACUGAGUCAACAAAAUGUAGUGGGCACACUGUUGAUGAGAUUAUCACUUGUAUUGAACGUGAAGUAAUGCAAUUGUCACAUAUACGUCACAAAAAUUUAGUAGCCUACGAAGCGGUUUUAUGUUUACGCCGUAAGGAAGGCAUUAUUGUAUAUUUGGUACAGGAUUAUGUGCAUGGCACAAGUGUAAAUUGUAUAUCAAAUUCACUUGGAUGGACCUAUACGGGUGUUAGUAUUAUUGCAAAAGGCGUUUUAGAUGCACUAAUCUAUUUGCAUAACAAGGGCAUAUCACACAGCAGCAUCGAUGAUUGUUCAGUAUUUUUGGAUAAUUCCGGUACAUGUCGCGUCACCGAUUUUUGGUUUGUGUCAUAUUUGAUGUACCUGAUGGGCGCACCAAAUGACAAUAAACACAGUGGCGGUGAUCUUCCGGCUUUGGGUCAUUUGGUUGAAUCACUUUUACAAUUGCCAAACCCGGAUAUGUUUGAUUUCAUUGAACAAUGUAAAUCGGAACGAACAUUAACCGCUUCGGAUUUAUUGGAACAUCCAUUUUUAUCGCCAGAUCUUUCAAACGGUGAACAUAAUACGCAUGCAAUUGUUGUUUUGCCAGAGAAAAAAGUUACCGAAUUAUCGAUGCGUACAUCACUUAUUCCGACCAGUCGGUCUCGUCUACAAACUGAAUUCGAAGUGCUACAAUGGUUGGGUAAAGGUGCUUACGGUGAUGUUUUAAAAGUAAAAAAUAUACUCGACAAUCGGCAAUAUGCCAUUAAACGAAUUCCAUUACACACACGGUCGAGGCACAUAUUUAAAAAGAUGACGAGAGAGGUCGAGCUGCUAUCUCGUUUGAACCACGAAAAUGUCGUACGAUAUUUUAACAGUUGGAUUGAAAAUGGAAACGAAUCAGAUCUUAAGAAAUAUGGAGAGAUCGAUGAAGAAAAUGAGAGUGCUACGGCCAGCAUUGAAAGUGACAAUCAACUAUGCGUGAUAUCAAAACCUGACGAAACUACAUCAGAUUGGAUGGAUUCGCCACACAACAAUGAAUUCAGUUCGGAUGGCAUUGAGUUUGUGAACUCGGAUGGUGAAGUGAUUGAAGAUGAUGACGAUGAAAAUGAUGAUGAUGACGACGAUGAUAUUGAUGAUGAAUCUCAGGCAAAUUCGAGCGACAAAGAAAUUAUUCGAUCACCGAAAUAUGAAGUACAAAUUAUGUACAUACAAAUGGAGUUUUGUGAAAAAAGUACACUACGCACAGCCAUUGAUAAUGACUUGUUCAACAAUACCGAACGAUUAUGGCGACUUUUCCGUGAGAUUAUUGAAGGUUUGGCUCAUAUUCACUCGCAAGGCAUGAUACACAGGGAUCUUAAGCCAGUCAAUAUUUUCUUGGAUUCACGUGAUCAAGUGAAAAUCGGUGACUUUGGUUUGGCCACCACCAGCUUUUUGGCAUUACAACCAAAUCAUGAAGUGAGUUUAUCAUAUAACCGAGGCGAUAUUGGUAGUUCACAUACGGGCAAAGUGGGCACUGCUCUUUAUGUAGCCCCAGAGCUUAUGGGAAAAGCAGCGAAAUCAAUAUAUAAUCAAAAGGUUGAUUUGUAUUCACUGGGAAUUAUAUUUUUUGAAAUGUGCCAUCGACCUUUUUCAACUGGAAUGGAACGAGUUGAAACCCUAGCCGCACUACGAUCGUCCAAAGUAAUCAUUCCCGCCAUGAUGGAAAAUGACAAUAAUUAUAAGCAACAAGUAAAAGUGAUAAAAUGGCUAUUGACAUGGGAUCAAAACAAGCGUCCAACAGCUGAAGAAUUGCUUGCAUCUGAUCUGUUACCACCCGCCCGUCUCGAAGACAACGAAUUACAAGAAAUGUUGCGAAAUGUAUUAGCCAAUCCACAAAGUAAAUCGUACAAACAUUUGGUGGCACGAUGUUUAGCGCAACAAAGUGACACAAUACUUGAGCUCACCUAUCAACUGGGAAUGGUGGAAACCAAUCCAAAAUUGGAAUACGUAAAACGUGAAAUCGUGUCAUUAUUCGAAAGACAUGGCGCAAUUGAAGUAGUUACACCAUUGUUGUCGCCAUAUGUAAAAUCAACGAAAAAUACAGCCGUUCGUUUGAUGACACAUUCUGGAAGUGUGGUUGUUUUGCCAUACGAUCUACGUGUACCAUUCAUCAAACAUAUUGCAAUGAGUGGCAUCAAUUUAAUGCGACGAUAUUCGAUUGGACGUGUUUAUCGUGAAAAGAAAGUAUUCAAUUUUCAUCCAAAACAAUUGUACGAAUGUGCAUUCGAUAUUAUUUCCCCAUAUCCGGCGACCGAAGGCAAAAAUCGAUUGAUCGAUGCUGAACUCAUGUCCAUUGCAUAUGAGCUGACCAACAUUUUACCAGCAUUAAAACAACAAAAUCUAUCGAUUCGUUUGAAUCAUACGUCAUUAUUAGUAGCCAUUCUACAAAAUCACAAUGUGCCUCAAGAAAAGUUCAACGACAUUUUUGUCGCCGUUCUUGAUUUCAGCAAUCGACGAAUUUCCAAAUUUCAAUUGCAUUCAACAAUAACCGCUUUAUUGGAAUCAUCAAAACGUGCCAACAAUUUGCUAGAGAUGUUGCUAACGGAAAUUCCAUUGGGCGCACCAAAAUCACACUAUGCCAACGGAUCCAGUUUGAGAAAUUUAAUAAAAGGACACAGUGAACCAUCGAAAAUGGCACGCGCUGCAAUGGAAGAAAUUGAAAAUGUAGUUUCGUUAGCACAAAGUCUUGGUGUUAUGUGUCCAAUUAGUUUGUAUGCUGGAUUUAGUGUGGGCUAUGAACAAGCAAAGAACGGUGGCAUAAUUUGGCAAUUAUUAGGAGAAUUCAAGAAUAAAACUCACCAAGGAAUUCCAUACAUGCUUGGUGUUGGCGGUAGAUACGACUACAUGCUAUCGGAAUAUCAAAAAGAAGUACAUAAUCGUGCCCCAACCAUUUCAAAUCGAGCGAUCAGUGGUGCUGGCCUAUCGUUUGCAUUGGAUAAAAUAUUGAGUGUAUUGAAUAUGUCACACACCGAAGACACAAAAACGACCGAUGUUGUUGUUUGUAUAUCAGGGAUACGACCAAAUUUCCGAGAUAUUACACAAAUUUUACGUGCUUUCUGGUCAUCGGGCAUUCAAUGUGCCGUUGUUCAAGCCAAUAAUCCAGAAGAUGGUCAAGAUAUGGCAAAAGAUCUUGGUGCCAUUUAUUAUGUUGUUUAUACCGAAGAUGGUAUUCUACGUGUGCGAUCAUGGAUAAAUGAACGAUUCGAAGAGAAACUUUUGAAUCGUGACGAAAUAAUUGUGUAUAUUACGAAAGCAUUACGACCAGAACCCACCGAAUCAAAUAAUUUUCAACAGGCAUUCAGCCUAAGCGAAUCAAAUAAAUACAAUCGUAGUAAUGCCAAUUUAGCUGAACCCACACUGCCGGCCGUUGACAUCAUUUAUAGUACCAUUGAAAAAAUGACGGCCAGCGCAAAGAAGCGACAAGAGAGUUUCCUAAACAAUCAUAUGUCCGAAUCGCUGGUGUUAUUUAAUAAACGCGUUGAAGUUGUUGUUAUCGUGGUGGAACUUCAGCCAUCAAUCAUUCGAGCACUUAUUAGUGCGAUUGAGCCAGGCAAAACCAAUGCCAAAGAUAUUGACAAUGAGAUUUCAUUUGUAAUUGAUCGAUUCCCCAAAUAUAAACGUUACAUUAAGGAUAUUGUCGAUGAAAUUAACGACAUUUAUUCGGAGAAAAAACGACCACAUGCCGUCUGUUUAUACAGUUUAAAAGAUAGCUAUUAUAGAUUUAUAUUGUAGGCCAUGUUUCUAAAUUUCAGCUAUCAGUUUUUUUGUUGUUGUGUAUAUUUUCAAAAAGGCGCACGCCAUCAUGUAUAAAUCACUUGUGACAGAGAGAAUCAGAGACAGAGAUAGGGAAAAGUGCAUUUAUUUUUAUUCGUAUAAAAUACAGAAAAUAUUUUAAGAUAUCCCGUCAUUUCAUUCAGAUAGUAUAAUAUGAACAAAAGCACAUCUGUACACUAUUGUAUAUUAACAUUUUUUUUUAUAAUAAACGUUUGUAUUGAUUUAUGUAUAAAUAA